UGCAAAUCCUCAAAACUAAUGGAUUAAUCAAAGAAGACUCUUGUCAACCCAGAGACUAAUGUUUAUAAUUUAAGUGGAAAGACUCUUCCAAAAACAUCAGUGUUUGUUGCCAAAAUUUAUUUGAAGAGAUUUGAUGUUGUGGAGAUCCAUGCAUUGGGUGACACAAUCUCAAAGGCAGUAAGAGUGGCUGAAUAACUUCAAAGAUAGAGUAACACUCAUCACUUAACUCUUAGAUUAUGUGACCAUUGAUAGAAUCAAUACAUUCACUUAGAAAUUUGAGGAUAACAGAUCCAAAGUCAAGAUUGUUGUUACCUUAAAAGUGACUGCUGAUGGAAAAAAGAGAGUCAAUGACGAGAUAAAAUAAUGAUAUUCAAAUAAAUAUACAAAUAUUUAG